AUGGGCACAGCAGGUAUACAGAUCCAAGAACUCCGCUCAGGGAUGGUGGAAACCCUUCAUAAUGGGCCCAGCAGGUGUACAGACCUGAGAACUCGGCUCAGGGAUGGUGGGAACACCUUAUAAUGGGCACAGCAGGUAUGUAGACCUGGGAACUUGGCUCGGGGAUGGUGGGAACGCCUCAUAAUGGGCACAGCAGGUGUACAGACCUGAGAACUCAGCUCAGGGAUGGUGGGAAUGCCUCAUAAUGGGCACAGUAGGUAUGUAGACCUGGGAACUCGGCUCAGGGAUGGUGGGAACGCCUCAUAA